GUCCACGAGAUGCCAGCCUUGUCUCAUUUAUUCCCGUCUGCAGCGCGCCGAUGUCGCAUUUCCGACGUGUACAUAUUACCGGUAACACGUUAUUGAGCAUUAGUUGACAACUCGAUACCGGGACGCUUUGAUAUCAUUCCACUAGAGGGAAGCAUUUGACUGCUUUACGGCUAAAUGUAAUGUUUAAAAAAGUGGUUCCACAUAAAAAAAAUACUUGGCUCUGCAAGUACUGCCGUCGUGGCUAACAUUAAAAUGCAGUAGCGAAGUAGGUUUAGGUUUUCAUAAAAAAAAAAACAAGACGGGCUUUAGUAUAUUUACUGUUAUUGUAAGUCACUGUAACUGUAACAUUAUGCAGUUUGACCAUUAUCUCUGACUUUAAAUAUGGAAAGAACAAAACAAUUUAAAUGUACAUUAAUCAAAUGCAAUCGUUCUAAAACAAAAGUUUAAAAAGAAAUGGUUAUUGGUAAUAUAAGUCCCAAGAAGUUAAAUACAACUGAACUGUACUUUGGCAGUGAUUCACAUACCACCCGAGGGAGCCCAGGUUCCACUUGUAGUUCUAGUACCACACUGAGAUGAACUGCUUUCGAGUGUGCGACUAUCAAUCUAGCACCACCUUUUUAAUACGAAGCGCCGGCGUUAAACCUGCCUAUAUCGGCCUCGGCUGUGUAAAUAUUUGCCUUGGUAAGCUCCGACCAAACCAGUUAUCAAGCUUUCGCCGUCAGCGGGGCGAGGGACUUUUCCAAACCGGUUUGCCGAACACUUCAGGUCAAUUAGUGUGCUGCUUUGUGUGGGGCCAAACCGCCUCAGGUGCAUUUUUGUGACUUGUCUGCUGGUGUGAAGGUUCCCUCUGAUGUGUGCUGGAGGACGGGCUGAUGUUCAGACCGGCCGCUAGCCACGCCUCCUCCUCUCUUCUCCUCCUCCUGUUUUCCAGCAGCUGACGUGGGCCCCAGCAGCUGGAAUCCAUCAGCGUGCGGUUAGGCCUGCCUCGCUGCGACUUCCUGACACGACUCGACUCCUUUCCUCUCCGGAGUGACUCGCAAUGAGCAUGGACGCGAUGGCGGCCUGGGUGGCGACGGACCCGGCCGUGGUCCGGCUCCUGUGGAUGGUGGCGAUGGUGCUGGCCACGCUGCUGGUGUGGUUCUUGUCCUGCUGCUGCUUCACGUGGAACCACGGCUCCUCCUCGGCUUCCAUGGAGCGCUACCUGGAAGUGAUGGUGCAGCCGCCUGGAUGCAAAGGUCCUGCUCAGAGAAAAAAGCCCAGAAAGAAGCAAGCUGAGACCAUCCAGGUGCAGGAAAUGAAAGUCGUUAAGGAGGAGAAGGGGAAGGAGGCCAAGGUGGUCCCGGAUGCAAACGAGAUGAAGACUCAUCGAAAAGAGGAAGCCAAGAAGGCAAAGGAGAAGGAGGUGAAGAAGGUAAAAGAGAAGGCGUUAAAGGUGGUCCAGGAGACCAAGGUAACGACUGAGAAGCUUGUCAAAAAGACAAAAGUGGUCAAGGAGGAGAAGGAUGCAGUCCAGGAGGUGGUCAAGAAGUCUGAGGUGGCCAAGAAUGAGAUGGAGAAGAUGGUGAAGGAGGCCAAAAAAGGGAUGAUGAUGAUCCAGGAGGAGAUGAAGGAUAAGGUGAAGACUCUCAAGAAGGUAAACCAGAUCCAUGAGGGGAAGGAAGGCAGAGCAGGGAAGGAGGUGAAGUUGGUCCAGGAGGCGGAGGAGGAGAUGAAGAAGGCAAAGGCAGUCAAGAAGGCGAAGGUAAUCCAGGAGGCAAAGGAGACCAUAAAGGAAGUGCCGGUGGUCCAGGAAGUGAAGAAGGAGGUAAAGAAGGCAAAGGCAGUCAAGAAGAAGCUAAAGGUAGUCCAGGAGGUCAAGGAGACCAUAAAGGAGGUGCUGGUGGUCCUGGAACUGGAGGAGGAGGUGAAGAAGGCAAAGACAGUCAAGAAGAAGAAGGCGAAGGCAGUCCAGGAGGUCAAGGAAACUACAAAGGAGGCGCCGGUGGUCCAGAAGUGGAGGAGGAGGAGGUGAAAAAGGUGAAACCAGUCAAGAAAGAGAAGGUAAAGGUGGCUCAGGAGGUAAAUGAGACUAUAAAGGAGGUACUGGUGCUCCAGGAAGUGGAGGAGGAGGUAAAGAAGGAAAAGGCAGUCAAGAAGAAGAAGGCAAAGGUA